UGAUCUACCCCUAGACUGGGAACUUCUAUAUGCCACACCUGCUGCCAUAGAAAUAAAUAAAUAAAUAAAUCUCUUCUGUAGAAAACAGAGAGAAAGCACUUGCUGGAGAGGAUAGUUUUAGUCGUGAGAAAUGAGUCCCCAAAUUGAUCCCCCCAGGGGCCAAAGCCCAAUUAAAGAAAGUCAAGGGGAAUGGACUUCAUCAGGAUGGUGAGUGAAUUUGAUUCCCACGGCUGCUGUACAAAUUACCACAAUCUUGCUGGCUUAAAAAGAACAAUAAAAUGGGUUUUCUUUUUAAUAAUCUUGAAGGUUGGAAAUAGGCCAAGGGUCUCACUAGUCUGAUAUAAAAGUGAUAGAAGGGCUUCAUUCUUCCAAGAGCUUCUAGGAAGAAUCUGUCUCCUUGCCUUUCCCAGCUUCUGGGGUCCACCUGCAAUCCUUGGCUUCUGGCUUCCUUCCAUCUUCAAAACCAGCAACAGCUUGUCCACCUGUGGAGUCUUUCUCAUGAUAUUUCAAUGUAACACUGACUCUUCUGCUUGCCUUUUCCACUUUUAAAGUAGCCUUGCAUUGCACUGGCCAGGAUAAUCCAGUGUAAUCUCACGUUACAUUCAGCUGAUUAGCCAUCUUAAUUCCAUCUGCAAUCUUAAUUCUACCUUACUAUAUAACCUCACAUGUUUAUAGGCUUUGGAGAAUUGGAUGUGGACAUCUUUGGGGAACCUUUAUUUGGCCUACCGCAGUGAAAAUGCCAUCAAAUUGGGUUUGAAAAUGGGCAACAAUGCCAGCAGGUUUCUCUGUUCAACGAGUUGUGCUAAGCCAGGGUUGCUCUUUGCCCCAUGGAGCCCAGAAAGGAGGGGCUCAAGACAACAGGAAGGAUGUAGGGAUGCAGGAACCCGAGGAUUCAGGUAGCAGCAGGUUUCUGCCUUGGGGAAGGGGGUACCUGGUGGGGUCUUUUCCAAAGAAUGGUUGGGGAAACUAGACCGGUGUGUAUGGCAAGUGUCUGAGCUCCAAAUUGGUUCUCAUCCGUGCCCCAUUCCCACCCUGCCAAAGACAGUGAGAACUUGGAAGCCAUUGCAACACAGGACCUGGCAGAACCCAGGAAGAGGAGCCAGGAGCGGCCCUACCUGGUGCCUGACACCUGGCUCUGGGGUGACAGAGGGAGGAUUGUCUGAGCGGGUGCGGGUCCUGACAGGGAAAGGCCCUCUUUGCUGGGCAACUGUGGGAUGGCGAAAUAGCAAAAGUGCGUUACCAGUGCGAAUGCGAAAACAGCAGUGUGGCAGAAAGAAUGACGCCACUGCCACUGGCGCAGACAAGUGGUUGUGUCCUCAGUCCAGAGGGCUAGGGCUGCCUUCCUUCAGAAGAGGGGCGGUGGACGCGCCUCCCUGGGCGCCCCCUCCCACACCUUCCUCCCGACCUUGGCCCUUGAAGGUGGGAAGCAGAACGGGGGAGGGCCGCCCCCACAGCCCCUCUCCCAGCGGCGCCCAGGAAGGAUGGCGGGCGCGCAGGGGGACGGGAGGGGGGCGGACACCGAGCAGUCUGGGGGUGCUCGCACACACCCACCGAGGGGCGGUCUGUAUCCAUCCGCAGCUCCCCCAGCGCGGCCCCUCCCGACCUCCCGACCCUGGCCCCCACCGCAGAGCGCCCACCGCCCCACACACUGCGGUGUCAGAAGUUGGGGGGGUCGCCACCCGGGGGGGCGGCGGGGAGCGCUGGCUGGGCGGGCUGGCGAGGCCCCGCCCCUCCGCCUGGGGCUCCUCCCGGCCCCGCCCCCUCUGGGUCGGAACUACGGUGGGCCUGGGAGGGGGCGCCGAGCCCAUUCGUGCCGUAUCCCUCCGCCCCCCUUCCCGACACCCUCGCCGCGAGCGGUUGGUGCCGCAGCCUGCGCAGCCCCUGGCCGGUUUGGCGCAGCGGCGCGGGGGCGGGACGCCUCUUUGGCAUUCUGAGCGCACGGAGAGCGGUGGGAAUCCGAGUGAGCAGCUGCGACAAGAGGGGGAGGCCGACCACCGGGCCCUGAGCCUGUGAAGGUCUGGAGAUUUCAGGCCACAGGGUGCAUCUGUGAGAGGAGAGGCUUGAGAAAAACGAGGGACAGGAAAAAGGACCUGUAUUUCUGAAGCCCUGCUGUAAGGCUGGUCAUUUCUGCAGGGAAGGAAAGGAGGAAGAGGCCGGCUCAAAUCUCUGGAGAUUUACACCCUGCUGCAGAACCACUUGUUCAUUUCCUGCAGGAGAUAUUAGGAACAUUGGGGCCGACCUGCUCUUUGUUUAGAACUUAAUACUACUGGAACAAACCAAGGACAGGAAAAUUACACCACAUCAGGGCAGAUUGACCUCCAGUGGCAGCUCUGGUGCUGUUGGAAUUGCCGCUGACCACCACCCUCAGCAGGUCUGCAUCCACCCGGGAACCAUCCAUCCUCCCCCAGCUUGGUUGUGCCUCUUCUGCACUCUGUUGGCUGAGGCUGGGCUUGGGAAGGAGGCUGAUUGGCUGCUGGACUGGUGAUUGACUCUAACUUUUGUUUCCAACCGUAUCACCUGAAUCAUCCAACAAUUAGAGUGUGAAGAUACAAAACUGUGACAGAUCUGUGGUGGAGGCUGAGACUGGGAUAGGGGUAUUUAACCGGGUCUCCUCUGUAACUUGUAGUAUGACUGGGGCUGAGAUUGAGCCUGGCGCCCAGGCCAAGCCUCAGAAGAAGCCUGGAGAAGAGGUUGUGGGUAGGACUGAGAGAGAGAAUGAAGUCCCAAUGGUGGUCCGGCCUAAGGUUAGGACCCAGGCCACACCUGGGGCAAGGCCCAAAAACGAGUCCAAGGGUAUGGCUGGGGCAAGAUCCAAAAGUGAGUCCAAGAAUAUGUCUGGGGCAAGGCCUAAAACUGAGUCCCAGGCAAUGUCUGGGGCAAGACCCAAAACUGAGUCCCAGGCAAUGGCAGGGGCAAGGCCCAAAAGUGAAUCCCAGGCAGUGGCAGGGGCAAGACCCAAAACUGAGGCCAGGGCAGUAGGUGGGGCACGUCCUAAGACUGAAGCCAAGGCAAUCCCUGGGGCAAGGUCCAAGGAUGAAGCCCAGGCUUGGGCCCAAACUGAGUUUGGGGCUGAAGCAAUGUCGCAAGCAGAGGGUGUGUCCCAGACCAAUGUGGUAGCCUGGCCAUUGGUCAAUAAUGAGUCUGGUUCUGCUGCUAAACCUAUGGCCCUAUCUGUGGACAGGGAGCUGGCCAAUGUGGACACUGAGACCUUUCCUGGCUCCCAGGUUCAGACAGGAAUCCAACCUUGGUUUGGAGCAGGGGAAGAAACUAAUAUGGGGUCUUGGUGCUAUCCCAGGCCCAGAGCCAGAGAGGAGGCCUCUAAUGAGUCUGGAUUCUGGUCAGCAGAUGAGACCUCUACAAUGUCUUCUUUCUGGGCUGGAGAAGAGGCCAGUAUCAGAUCAUGGCCUAGAGAAGAGGCCAAUACCAGGUCAAGGCAUAGGGCCAAACAUCAGCCUAAUCCCAGAUCCAGGCCCAGAUCCAAGCAAGAUCCCUAUAUUGAUUCCUGGUCUGGGUCUGAGGAGGAGUCUGCCAAUCCAUUCUGCUUGUGGGCUGGAGAAAAUACCAAUAACUUAUUCAGGCCUAGAGUCAGGGAUGAGGCAAACAUGAGGUCCAAGCUCCGGACAAAGAGAGAGGACUUUUUUGAAUCUGAAUCUGAAGAUGAGUACUAUAAGGAAUCUUGGUUUUUGCCUGGAGAAGAGGCCAAUAGUAGAUUCAGGCCCAGAGACAAGGAAGAGCCUAAUACUAUCUUGAAACCCCGGGCUCAGAAAGAUGCUAAUAAUGGUGAUAGGGUCAAACAAGAGCCCAGGUUUGAGGAGGAAGUCAUAAUUGGAUCCUGGUUCUGGGCAGAGAAAGAGGCUGGUAUGGAGGCUGGGGCUUCAGCCAUUUGUGAAUCGGAACCAGGGGCUGAGGAGGGGGCCAUUGGUGGAUCCUUGUUCUGGACUGAAGAAAAGUCCAGUUUGGGGGCUGUGGCCAGAGAAGAGACCAAGCCAGAGUCUGAAGAAGAGGCCAUAUUUGGGUCCUGGUUCUGGGACAGAGAUGAGGCCUGCUUUGAUUUAAAUCCCCGUCCUGUGUACAAGGCUAGUCCCAGGUUCAGAAAUCCAGCUGAGGAGGAAGUUAAUGUAUCAUCCAGGCCCCAAACCUGGGAAGAGGUCACUGUUGAAUUCAAACCUGGUCCUUGUCAUGGGGUUGGGUUCCCAUCCCCAAGCCCCUUUAGAAUUCCUGAAGAAGCAGCAUCUGUAUAUUCUGAAAUGUUUGAGGGAAAGCCCAAGGGUGUGGAAGUUACCCCAGAAGGGGAAGAGCAGGAAUCUUUGCUUCAGUCUGAUCAACCUGACUCUGAGUUCACAUUUCAAUAUGAUCCGUCCUACCGGUCAGUCAGGGAAAUUCGAGAGCAUCUUAGGACCAGGGAGAGUGCAGACCCUGAGAAUUGGUCCUGCAGCUGCAUACAAUGUGAGCUUAAAAUCGGUCCUGAAGAGUUCGAAGAACUCCUUCUAUUGAUGGACAAGAUUCGGGAUCCUUUUAUUCAUGAGAUAUCUAAAAUAGCAAUGGGUAUGAGGAGUGCUUCUCAAUUUACCCGCGAUUUUAUUCGUGAUUCAGGUGUUGUCUCGCUUAUUGAAACCUUGCUCAAUUAUCCCUCCUCCCGAGUUAGGACAACUUUCUUGGAAAAUAUGAUUCACAUGGCUCCACCUUAUCCUAAUCUAAACAUGAUUGAGACAUUCAUAUGUCAAGUGUGUGAGGAAACCCUUGCUCAUAGCGUGGGUUCCCCUGAACAGCUGCUUGGAUUAAGGAUGCUUCGGCACCUCACUACAACUACUGACUAUCACACACUGGUUGCCAAUUAUAUGUCUGGGUUUCUCUCCCUGUUAACCACAGGCAAUGCAAGAACAAAGUUCCAUGUUCUGAAAAUGCUGUUGAAUUUGUCUGAAAAUGCUAUGGUGGCAAAAAAGCUAUUUAGUGCCAAAGCUCUGUCGAUAUUUGUGGGUCUCUUUAACAUAGAAGAGACAAAUGAUAACAUUCAAAUUGUUAUCAAAAUGUUUCAAAAUAUCAGUAAUAUUAUAAAAAGUGGAACAAUGUCCUUAAUUGAUGAUGAUUUCAGUCUUGAGCCGCUUAUUUCUGCAUUCCAUGAAUUUGAGAAGCUAGCUGAGGAACUACAAGUCCAAAUAGACAAUCAGAAAGAUCCUGAGGUGGGACAACAAAGCUAAGAUUAUUAACCACCUGCCUCUGAUCAGCCUUAUGUUCCCAAAGAGCCCUGAGUAGUGCUUCGGUUUUCAGUCUAGUUUUAUGUUGUAACUUAUAUUUUAAUGCUGAUGUUAACUUUGUCCAAUUCUUGGUUUGAGCUGGAUCACUUUGUGGAUGCCAAAUGACUAUUAGUGCUGAAAAAAUUGUUGAUAUUUGUCUUGCUGUCCAGAUUGCAGUAUUUUUCAGUAUUGAGCUUCCAAUGAACUGAGCCGCUUGUGUAAGCUACCCUGCUAUUCGUUGUUUAAACAUAUGGUUCUCUAUUCGAGUCUGUGUUUUCAAUAAAGGUCUGUGUGAAAACUGGCA